GGGACGAGGAGAGGGCCACGCCGGGCUCGGGUAUAUAAGGGGGAUCAGGCCGAGAUGCAGGUCAGAAGAGGUUGGACUCCAGCUGGGAACACACUAACACACGUCUGGUCUUUGCAUCUCACAGUCACUUAACGAUGAGUGGUCCGAGUGGUCUGCCCCUCUGCCUGGUGCUCCUGGUGGCCUCUGCAACAGGUCACGUCGCCGCCACCCCGCUCGGCAACACCACGAUUCCAGAGGACGCAGCGGGCGGGUUCCAGGCUGGAGUGCUGUAUGUGACGCCCCAGGGCCGCCUCACCAUGCCCCCGGGGGCGGUGCUCAUCGUGACGCCCACCCUCAGCCUCCCCAUGGGGAGUGACUACCCCCUGGGCUACGGUUCUUCAGCCACCGUCUCCGUGCCAUUCAGGAUCGACCUCGACACCCUGGGGCUGACGUCAGAUGCCAACUCCUGGGGGCUGUUGAACAGAGUGACGCGCCAGGCACCCACGGAGGGCAACCUGGCAGGCGGUGACAGGGAGGUCGUGUACCGUGUGGUCCAGAACAGCUUCCAGUCUGCGGGACUCGACGGGCGCGCGUGUCUCCUGAGAACCAUUUGUGAGCUGAACCUCAACUAUGCGCCGGACAACUGUGGUCUGCUGGGUGAGGCCAUGCAGCUGAUUCUGAGCCCAACCAAGAGCCCGCGACCCCUCGGGGAGUACAUGGACGCGGAGGUGCAGGCGAAGACCGUCAACGACUGCUCCAAGUACUACGAACGCUGUCCGUAUUCCUUCUUCCUAGAUCAGAAACUCGCGACCGACAGCGCCGCCAAACCCGCGACCGACAGCGCCGCCAAACCCGCGACCGACAGCGCCGCCAAACCCGCGACCGACAGCGCCGCCAAACCCGCGACCGACAGCGCCGCCAAACCCGCGAACGCCACGAUUCCGAAGGGCACGGCGGGCGGGUUCCAGGCCGGGGUGCUGUACGUGACGCCCCAGGGCCGCCUCACCAUGCCCCCGGGGGCAAUUUUGAUCGUGACACCCACCCUCAGCCUCCCCGUGGGGAGUGACUACCCCCUGGGCUACGGGUCUUCAGCCACCGUCUCCGUGCCCUUCAAGUUCGACCUCGACACCCUGGGGCUGACGUCAGAUGCUAACUCCUGGGGGCUGUUGAACAGAGUGACGCGCCAGGCACCCACGGAGGGCAACCUGGCAGGCGGUGACAGGGAGGUCGUGUACCGCGUGGUCGAGAACAGCAUCCAGUCCGCGGGGCUCGACGGGCGCGCGUGUCUCCUGAGAACCAUUUGUGAGAUCAACCUCGACGCCGCGCCGGACAACUUUGGUCUGCUGGGCGAGGCCAUGCAGCUGAUCCUGAGCCCAACCAGGAGCCCGCGACCCCUCGGGGAGUACACGGACGCGGAGGUGCAGGCGAGGACCGUCAACGACUGCUCCAAGUACUACGAGCGCUGUCCGUAUUCCUUCUUCCAAGACCAGAAACCCGCGACCGACAGCGCCGCCAAACCCGCGACCGCCAGCGCCGCCAAACCCGCGACCGCCAGCGCCACCGAACCCGCGGCUGCCCCGUGAAAAUCGCAAAAGAUUCCGGCCCAAAGUGUCCCCUUGUGAAACUACGUAGUGUGUGUGUGUGUGUGUGUGUGUGUGUGUGUGUGUGUGUGUGUGUGUGUGUGUGUGUGUGUGUGUGUGUGUGUGUGUGUGUGUGUGUGUGUGUGUGUGUGUGUUAUUUAUUGCAAAAACAAACCCAAUUGCUCUACGUAUAAAUUUAAGUGCAAAAUGGCAAUUCCUCUCUCUCUCUCUCUCUCUCUCUCUCUCUCUCUCUCUCCUUGUCCUUCCACCCUCCCUCCUUCCCUUCCUCCCUCCCUCCCUCACUCACUCUCUCCCUUCCCUUCCUCCCUCCCUCCCUCCCUCUCCUGUCACAGCUUCUCCUUCCAUCACUCCCAAAUAAGUUAUUAUACACACACAAAUACGAUCACAUGGCAUCAGUGUUUUUAUUUAUAUAUGAUUAAAUAAAUGCUGUUGAAGUUAC